AUGAGGCAAAACCACACUGCUGUGACCACGUUCAUCCUUGUAGGAUUCAUGGACCACCCAGAACUUCAGGUCCCCCUCUUCAUCCUGUUCCUGCUCAUCUACGUUACCACGCUAGUGGGGAACAUUAGCAUAAUCAUCUUAACUAAGAUUGAUGCUCAGCUUCACACGCCAAUGUACUUUUUCCUCAGAAACCUCUCCAUUGUAGAUAUUGGUCUUUCUACUACCAUUGCUCCCAUGUUGUUGACAACCUUUGUGGCAGAGAAUACAAGCAUUUCCUUAAUAGGAUGUGCGGUGCAAUUUUUCUUCUUUGCUGUCUUUGUGACCACUGAAGGUUGCCUUUUGUCUGUGAUGGCAUACGAUCGCUACACGGCCAUCUGCAACCCAUUGCUGUAUUUCGCUGUUAUGUCAAAGAAGUUGUGCACCACAUUAGUGGUAGUUGCUUAUGCCUGUGGCUUUACAAGUUCAAUUCUCCAGACAAUGUUUAUAUUCAGUUUGAACUUCUGCAAUACGAAUAUCAUUAACCAUUUUUUCUGCGAUGUUCCUCCAAUGCUUAAGUUGUCCUGCUCAGACAUCCAUAUUACUCACAAUGUGCAUUUCAUUUUAUCCACUGCAAUUGCACUGACCACUUUUCUGAUUGUCUUGAUCUCCUACAUUGCCAUUGUGUUUGCCAUUCUGCGGAUCCAAUCUGCCCAGGGAAGAUUCAAAGCCUUCUCCACUUGUGCCUCCCAUCUGACUACCAUCACCAUCUUCUUUGGAACCAUCAUCUUCAUGUAUAUACGGCCUGGAUCCAGCUUCUCAAUGGAUCAGGACAAAAUAGCUUCUGUCUUUUAUUCUCUGGUGAUCUCCUUACUCAACCCACUCAUUUACAGCCUGAGGAACAAAGAUGUGAAGAAUGCUGUGAGUAGGAUGGUAGACAAGAUGACAUUCCUGAAAUAA